AUGAGGAGCAUAUUGGAAGAGUCGAUGCUGAAAACGCGCAUCAUACUCUCGAAAAUCGACCGCGACUUCCUGGUGACCUAUUUGGAAGCCAGCCGGGACCUUUGCGAGACGGACCCAAUUCUUUUUGGCGCCGCACGGCAGUAUAACGUAUUAUUGGCGCCAAACUUCCCAUGGCUGGACGAGCGAGCGAGAGGUCAAGGCGGUUCAACCAGAAUAGUCUCUUCCAGUGAUCAGAAGAGGCUCUAUAAAUCAUUGGAGCGACCAUCGGUAUGUGGAGCGGGCCCAGGACCGGAUCAGGCUGACACUGUCGCAUUUUGGCGUGGCCUGUGGUCAGAGCCCGUAAACCACAGCGAGGGUCCUUGA